CACCGGAGGGGUGUGUCCAAAGACUCGCCGUUGCAUCCUGUUUUUGGCAUGGCUAAAGACUGAAGAUGUCUGUCUGAUGGUGUUUUGGAAUGUUUGUGUAACAGCGAUGGUUAGAUUAGGCAACACGAAAAGCAGCAGCCUCCAAGAAUAGGCCCCAGGCAUCGAGACAUACAGAGAGGUCUCAGGUCGGGGUCCCCGGGCUUGCCUUGGAAAGCAUCACCAUUCCAAAUCAUCAUCACCAAUACAAUCACUCAGUAGUCUCAAGAGCAGCGUGUGUUUGCAUGCUGCCUACUCUAGAAACAACAACCUACACCCUACAUGUGCAAAAGACGACCGGGGUUCACGACAUCGGCCGUUGCGCCUUCGUCAUGCCUCACCCUGCCAUCGAAGAAGGACCGAAGGUGAGAGAGCAGAGGAAAGAGUACGGAAGCUACAUCGCAGAAAGAGCCAACCCGCCAAUCUUCAAAGCCAAUCCCAACCUCCAACCAGAAAACCCCCAGGACGUCGGAUAACAACCAUCUGUCAGCAUCCCACGGCAGUCAGUCUUACAAGAUAUCAUCAAACCACUAUCAUGCAAGCAUACACCCUCCCAACCCGCAGCUACCGCCGCGACGACAACACCACCGCUUCCGAACCACCCUUCGACCUCCAGACCCCCUCCAGCGACUCUUAUUACAGUAACAGGCGCUCAACAACCCCCCUCCCCUUCAUCCGCCACCACCGCAACCGCCGCCGUCUCAACCAAACCAUUCGCAAUGCCGGGUCCUCCCAGGAGAACCGCCCCGACAACAAGGAAAACACUCCCUCCAACCUCCCGUCAUAUUACUCAACCUACUCCCUCCCCCGUAAACCCAGCCCUAGUCCCCCCCCGACAGAACGAGUGAGAUCUCCCUACCGCCACAGAACCUUCUCUUUUGAAUCCCCGCCUGCAUCUCCAGAGCUGGUGGUGUACGCCAACCAAGGGGGGUUAGAUCUCUCUUGUGCAUCCCCAAGGGAUGAUCUCGCCCGACAUGGUAUCAGCCACGCUCAAAUUCGAUCAGCAUCAUCCACCUACCCCUCCGACGAACGGGCCCAAAGUCCUGUCUCCCCGCCGUUGACGCUUGGGAGGAAAAUAUUGUCUAGUCUGGCAGGGUAUGGAUUCAGCGAGGCGGAUUUUGAUGCUGAUGCUUCUUCGGAGGGGGAGGAUCACGAUGGAGUAGAGGAGGGUUUGUACCCCGGGGAGAAGAGGUUGAGCCGAGAGGAGGGGGAGAUUGCAAGGGUUAUAUCCGCCCCGAAAUCAUCACCACCUGGGGUCCAGAGUCAGGUCUGGGGUGGGGCGGUGUUUAACUUUCCAGCACCGCCCGAGGAAGGGGAAAAGGAAGAGGACGAGGGUUUUGCUUUGCCGGCGCCGGAGUCACCUCUUCUUGUUGGGCUGGCGGUUGAGGACAGGAUGGAACAGGAGGGAGCGGAUGAGGAUGCUUCCACGAGGUGUUUACCCAGGGUGAGCACUGCGUUUUCGGGGUUUGAAGGGGAGCAUUCUUCUUUCGUACCGCCGCUGCAAGAAGAGGAGCAAGAGCAUGUUUCUUUUGGGAUGCAGUUGAGGGAGAGGAUUAGUGGGCAUUUUCGGAGGGGAAAUGGUAAUCAUCAUCAUCAUCGUCAUCAUCAUCAUCACAAGUCGGGCGGCUCGAGGGCUGGGGGUGGUGGUUGCGGGAAGGGUUUGGAACGGUUCAAGGAAGAAAGCUCAAAAACAAAUGUUGGGACGGAUGUGAAGAGGUGGUUUGUGAGGGGGCUCAAAGCGGGGAGGAAGGGGGUUAGGAGGGUCAAGAGGGGGUUGAAUCAUCAUGGUGAUGGCGACAAGGGGAGGGAGGGGAAGAUGAAAAGGGAGAUGAGGCGGGUGGAUGAGAAGCUUGAGAGGGAGAGGGGGAAGUUGAGGAAGAAGCCCGGAAGGGAGGGGAAGGGGAAGAAGAGGGAGGGUUUUAGGGGACGGAUUUGGGGGUUGUUGGUGUAGUUUUCUAUCAGGUAUCGGUUUGGUGAUGCGGGUUGGGGUCUGGUGGUUAGAUUAGGUAUGGAUUAAACGGCUUGGUGGUAUGGGGUUUGGAGACCGGGGUGAUAUAUUCUGAGCAUUAUUACCGUCUUUUUCCUGGAGCCGUACAAAACGGUCAGAAUAGAGGACAACUCGAAACGGGUUUUCAACUUGUUUACUUGCGAAGGA